AUGAUAGAAAAGCGAUCUUUUCCAUGAUGGCCGAGAUUGUGACGAGGGGUUAGUUGAAUUUUCUGUAAUACAUCGGGGAUUUGUAUAUUAGAAUGACCAUGAUUUCCAAAACUGCGGUCGGUAUCGCCGUUGGGAUCGCCGGGAUCUUCGUCGGCUACUGCUUCUAUUUCGACCAGAAGCGUCGCAGCGAUCCAGAUUUCAAAAAGAAACUCCGCGAACGUAGAAAAGCUAAGAAGCAAGCACAGAAAUCUUCUUCAAAAAUACCAGACUUGAGGGAUCAUGAAUUGGUUCAGAAAUUCUUUCUGCAAGAGGUACAACUUGGGGAGGAAUUGCUUGCUUGCGGUGAGAUAGAUGGCGGAGUCGAGCACUUGGCUAAUGCAGUGGCAGUUUGUGGACAGCCAGCCCAGUUGCUGACAGUUCUUCAGAAGACUCUGCCACCACCUAUCUUCCAAAUUCUGGUGCAACGACUUCCUGUUGUUGGCUCGAAGAUAGCAUCGCAAACUCAAAUGGCAGAGGAGGACGUUGAAUAGAGGAAAAGUUUCAUUGACAGUUUUUAAAUAAAAUCUGAAAUUAGCAAAAAGUUUGCUCAGUUUUGCACAAUAUGGGUGCAAAUAAAGUUUACAUCUAGAAAAUCCUACAACAUACAACACGCUGUCCUGUAUUGAACUUCCAUUUAAUAGAUGUGUGAAUCAAUCGUAUGUAAAAAAUUUUCAAAUAUUUAGCAUUUUAUUUUGUUAUAAGCAGAUAUAUUUUUAUAUCUGUUUAUUUAAAUAAAAUACAUAAUAAUCUUAAUCUAAUGAUUUUUGACAGAUGUAAUACUUAUAGAGUAGUACCAAAUUUAUAAAUUUAAUUUUUCUGCAACAAUUGCAUUAUUGUUGUAGGUUCUUAAAAAAUUUAAAGAUCUCUGAAGUUCAUAUAGGGCUCUAAAUAUAUUUUCAUGAGAAAUAUAUCUGACUUAAAAUCUUACACAUUAAAACACAUUUGUAAUUUUUAUGAAUUUCAAAUUUAUGCAAGUACGAUUGUUUUGUUGCAACAUCUUGUACACAAUUAUUCUUGUUUGUAUUGAUUUUAUAUUCUGAGAAAAAUAUUUCUCUUUAAUAGUUAAUGUGUUUACAUAUUCUAUUUUUAGCAAUAUUUCCUACUUACUAUCAAAAAAAGUGUUUUAUAUAUAUUACGUAUAUAAUUUGUAGUAAAAGUAAACAAGUUACUAUGUACAAGUUAAAGUUUCAGAACAUAAAUUUCUAAUCAAAUUACAUAUAACCAUUGACAUUAAUAAACUAGUAAUAUUUAUUAUAUGGUUUGAUUAGUUGUGUUCAAUAGAGUACGUUGUCACUAUUACAUUUGCGAUACUAAUACGCAUAUACAUAAUGCCUUAUCUUGGUAUAGUAAAUGUGGAAAAGUGACUUGUGUAUAACACUUCAAUCUACGGAUUCAAUUGUAAUCUUGUACAAUUAUUGUAACCAUCUAAGAGCUAUGUUUAUACCCAGUAUAUUUAUUACAAAAAUAUGGGAAAUUUAUCUGCUCUCAAAUGCAUUAUUCUGAAAGCAUUUAAUAAAAAUAUAUAGUUGAAAGAUUAUUAUAAGUUUUAUGUGAUGUGUCGCUAUAAAUAUACGCAAAAAUAUGCGUAUUUUGUAGAUAAAAUAUCGCUAUAUAUAAAUAUAUAAAUAUAUAAAUAUUAUAACGUUAUAAAAAUUAUUUUAAAUAUGGAUGUACGCAUUGUUAUAUCCGAGGAUAUUUAGCUAUCUCUCUUUAACAUAUAAUAACAGUUCAGAUACAUAUUUGGUAUGAGAAAUUAUAUUCUUGUAAAAGAUGGAUUACUCUUAAAAAGAAACGAAAAAGUAGUUUCUAUUACGUGGUAUAUGAUUUAAAACUUUAUUAAAUGUUCACAUAAACUGAAGAAAUGAAAUAAAUAGAAAAUAUUGCGCGCAAUCUUAUAUAAUAUUUGUUAUUGUAACUCACAUUAAAUUACUGUUCGAAAUAAGAUAAUUGAGAUAAAAUAUAAAACAUCUUUAUUUAUA